GAGCGGCUCACGUGUUUGGCGCGACAGAGGCGUAAAGGGCCUCCUGCCAGCGCCAGAGAAAGGCGCGCUGGCACCUCCCUCCCGAGGGGAAAGGUCACGUACCGCGCCUGUGGCAGUCUCUUCCAGGAGCUUGGACUUGCCGGCUGCACUGGGCGGCUCCCGUCGUAGCUGCAACCAUGUUCAGGAAAUUUGAUGAAAAGGAGAGUGUAUCCAACUGUAUCCAGCUGAAAACCUCAGUUAUUAAGGACAUUAAGAACCAACUGAUAGAUCACCUUCCAGGGAUUGAGCCAUGGCUCAAUCAAAUUAUGCCAGAGAAAGACCCAGUCAAAAUUGUCAGAUGCCACGAGCAUAUUGACAUACUCACUGUAAAUGGAGAGUUACUGUUUUUCAGGCAGAGAGAAGGACCUUUUUAUCCAACACUCAGAUUGCUUCAUAAAUAUCCUUUUAUCCUUCCACACCAGCAAGUUGAUAAAGGAGCUAUAAGAUGUGUACUCAGUGGAGCAAACAUUAUGUGCCCAGGCUUGACCUCUCUGGGAGCCAAGCUUUGCCCUGCUGCAUCUGACACUAUUGUCGCAGUAAUGGCGGAGGGAAAACAACACGCACUUUCUGUUGGGGUCAUGAAGAUGUCUACCGAAGAUAUUGAGAGAGUCAACAAAGGGACUGGUAUUGAAAACAUCCAUUAUUUAAAUGAUGGCCUUUGGCACAUGAAGACAUAUAUGUAAGCUUUCAAAGAAAAGCACUUCUCCUCCACUUGGACUGUUUAAUCAUUCUGUUUUUACCUUUUAAUGGAUGAAAAAAACUUUUGUUGUGUGUUUAACAGAUUAGAUAGAUGCUCAUAUCCUGUGAACAUUCUUCAUUUUAUAUGUGUUCUUUUCAUCUAAACUCAAGUUGUUACUGUUAAGUGUUUAAUUUUCGUAAUCAGACUUCCACAUCAAACUGUAUCUAUAUAUCUAGCCUUCAUUUCUUUCUCCAACUUCAAUCCCCUAUCGCUAGCUAGCUGCCUGCCAGGCCUCCGCACCUGAUGUCUGCUAAGUAUCCCAAACUCACCGUGAAACAUUGUAUAUCCUCCCAAACCCAUCCCUCCUAACUCGGCCAUUUCCAAAAUUCCUAAUUUCCCGACACUCCCAAAGUGUGAGGGAGCUUCCAUCUUUCCAGUCACUUGGCUUCACAACCUCAAAGGCUUGAUUGCUUCCUCUCCUUUACACCCUCUAUCCAAUCAGCUGCCUCCAUACCUCUCCUCUCUAUUCAAAUAGCACCAUCCUAGUUCUGGCCCUCAUCAGCUUGCCUAUUAUAUAUGAAUUAUAUAUAAUAUAGCUAUGAUAAUAUAUAAUAGCUGUAUCUAUAUUAUAUCUAUAGCAACUAGAUUCCUAUUUAUCUUCCUUCCAUUCGAGAUCUCCCCUCCUCAAUCCUUUCUCCAAACAGCUGCCAAUUGACAUUGCUAAAACAGGUCUUCAUGUUAAUUCCUUACUCAAAAAUUUUCAGUGGCUCACUUUUUUCCUUAGGAGAAAAUAUCAAAUCAUCAGUCUGGCAUUUAAAGUUCUUCCCAGUCUGACUCACACUUGCCUUUUCAGUCUUAUUUGGUGUUAUUUGCCUUCAUGUGCCCUCCCUUUCAGGAAAACUGGCCUACUAGCUGAUUCCUGAACCUUAUGUUUCAUCUCCCACUUCUGUGCUUUUGCAUAGGCUGUCCCUCAUGUCUGGAAACACACCCUCCUUGCCUUUGCCUCUUAGCUUCUUUCAAAGCAGGAUUCAGUAACCACCUUAGACAGGAGGCCUUUUCUGAUCCCCUUCCCCUCCAAGUUGUUAGUGCUUUCUACCUCUUGGAAUUACUUGGCCCUGCUUUGUAUUAUAUGUGGACUUGCCUGUCCCCCCUUCCCACCUCCUCUCCCUUCCCCAUGCUCCUUGAGGCAGGAAUGGUUUCAUUUUUGUCUGGGUAUCCCAAGUAUUCAACAGAUACAUCAUGAUUGAAUUUUCUCUCCACCUCAGUAGAGUGUGAGGUUUGGGAGCUAAUGUUCACUUGGGUAUUAGGGAGUAAAAACGGUAAUUCCAGAAUUAAUGACCUUUUUCCCCCUUUGAUUUGUCUGCCUUCAUAGUGCUAUCCCUGUCAUUUUCAUUAGAGGCAAUGUGAUAUUAGUGGAAAGAGUACUGGGCUUGAAAUUAGGAGAGACUUGUGUUUGAAUCCCAAUCUAUCAAACACAUUUGUUUUAUUUUGGGCUUUAAGAAAUUCUGAAUUUCACAAGCACCAAAUAAAAGGCAUAUUUCCAUGUACACAGUAAGAGAAAAAGGAUUGCACAUGAACCUGCAAAUCUUGCAUGUACAGCUUGCUUUUCCUUUGAAGUAUAUAAUAAAAUUCAGAUUCUUGUAACUUUCAAA